AUGGCAUCAUUAUCGAAUAUGAGUGCAUUUAUCACUUUUACUAUUCAAUAUAAUCGAUUUGUGCCACCUAUCAUAUUCUUUUUUGGUUUUAUUGGCAAUAUUCUUAAUAAUAUUACCUUUUCAAGUCAUACACUUCGUAAGAAUCCAUGUGCAACUUAUUUUUUCUGUUUAGCAAUUACUAAUCUAAAUAAUCUUAUUUUUGGUUUACUUCUAAAUUAUCUAAUCGAUGCUUAUCAUAUUGAUCUUAUUACUCGCACAUUAGUAUUUUGUCGUCUUCGAUUUCUAAUUUUACAUUGUUCACUUGUACUCUCAUCAUGGUUUAUUGUUUUAGCUGGCAUAGAUCGUUUUUGUGUUAGUUCACGAAAUAUUAAUCGACGAAAUUUUAGUAAUUUGAAGAAUGUGCGUUUGUUAACAGCUUUGGCUAUAGUCGUCUGUUUUGCUCUGUAUGCUCAUAUUUUUGUUCUUUUUACCAUUAAACAAACUGAAUCAGGUCCAGUUUGCUAUGCAGAAUCUGGUUCAUAUCAAGUCUUUUAUGAUUUCCUAUUUUUUGCAACAUUUAGUUUUACACCACCAAUACUAAUGAUUAUUGUUGGUCUUGCAACAUUCUAUAAUACUUGUCAUGCACAUAGUAAAAUCAAACCAGUGAGUAUGAUGAGUACAUUAACAGUAUCAUCUAAGACUAUUCGAUUACGAAAGAAAGAUCGUGAAUUUGUGAAAAUGUUACUUAUUCAAUUAAUUUCUACAGUUAUUUUAACAUUACCUAUUGCUAUUCAAAAACUGUAUUCAACAUUUACACAACAGAUUUCAAAAAGUUCUGAUCGAUUAUUAGUUGAGACAUUUUUUCAACAAUUUGUACGAACAUUAACACAUAUCAAUAGUGGUGUGAGUUUCUAUCUAUAUACACUUUCGAGUAGUGUAUUUCGUCAUGAACUAGGUGUACAAAUUAGCAAGAUUAUUCGAAUGAUUUUGGGUGUUGAUAAUGAAUUUUAUCGACGAUUUCGUCAAACAAUAUGA